AUGUCAAUUAUUGAAAAUGAAGCAAUCCUUAAUGAUUAUAUGGUUAAAAAUUUGCAGAAAGGCAAAGAAAGGGAGAAUCAUAGUGAUUUCUAUGAUUACAAUCCAUUAACCUCAACAUAUUAAUGUUAUGGAUGUCAAAGAUAGAAACCAAAAUAAGCCUCAUUACUAUUGGCCAAUUAAAAAUCUAAAAAGAAGAGGAGGACCUUGGAAACUUAUAAAAUGAACGAUAUCAUUAUAAAACCUUGGCAUCCUUUCUUGAGAGAAUUUUAAAAAAUAUUCAAAAAUUCAAUUAUCCCUCAACACAAACAACUAAAUUAUUAAGUAGAAUAUCAUAAACCAGAUGUUGUAUUAUAAUUUUACGAAAUUAUUCGCAGAUUAAGAGAAUAAUUGGAGGAUAAUGUAAAAUCAAUUUAAAAAGGGGAUAUUUCUGUUGCACCAAUUCUGGAGACUUUGGCAAUCUAUUCAAUUGAUGAAAUUGAAAUUAAUUAUGAAACAUUACAUAAUAGUACUAAGUCAAUACAGUAAGAUUCCACUAAGAAAUCGUUAGCCAGUUCAAGCAUUAGGUAUUAGAUGCAAGAGAAGAAAAUAUAGCAUUACAAAGAAUAGUGGGAAAUAGUAAAAGAGCAAGUGGAAUUACUAGAAUAGAAUAAUACCAUAGGUUUGAAGCAGUAAAUAGAAAAUACAAUCAAGGCCUAGAAGGAAAUUCAGUAUUUGAAAAGUAUUUUGAAAGAAACUUAAGAUCAUCUGAUGAUAAUUGAAAGAGAUAAGGAAUAAUUAAUUAGAGAAAAUUACUUUUUAUUUCAAUAUGCCCAAUUAGACAGACAUUAUUUACUAAUCAAAAUAAUGGAGUAAUAUCCGGUAGAAUAAUUAAAAGAAACAGAUGUCUCCUAUUUUGAAAUUUAUCUUAAGGAAUAAGAGAAGGAAUUAGCAAGGUUGAAAUUAGAGAAUACUAAAUUAAAAAUUCAUUCUAAUCAUUUGGAGAAGGAAUCAGAAGUGAUAAAAAAGGAAUCUUUUUCUUAAUUUUCUAAUGAAUUUUAAACUUAAGAAUAAAAAUGGAGUAAUGAGAAGAUUCAUUUAGAGAAGACUCUUGACUAAUUAAAAUAAGAAUUAGAGAUCAGUUAGAGAUUUGAAAAGGAAUUGAGAAUUCUAAAUUAAACUAUGCAAGAAGAACAAGAUAAAUUGAGAAAGCAGUUGUUUGAUUAUCAAGCCGGUAUGAAUAAUAUCAGUCAUCAACACUUAAUCUAGAGAUAAUAAAAUGAUUAGUUAUUAAAAUAGAAUUAAGAACUUCAAUUGACAAUUUAACAAUUAGAAUAGUAGGCAAUUGGAAAUAAAUAACAAUUCAAUAAGAUGAAUCCCAAUGAUUAAGCUUAAUAAUUAGCAUUGAUUAUUCUCUCUAAAGAACGUCCUACUCAAGAAUAAGUCAAUUUACUGAGAUAAGUAUUUGGAGAUUUCACCGAUGAGAUCAUUAAAAAUCAAGUAGAACAAAAUUAGAAUGAAUAAGCUUAAGAACUUAUUGAAUAAAUGCAAGAUUUAAGAAAUUUCAAAGAGAAAUUAGAAUCUCAUAAUAGAUUAACGAAUAAAUAGAUGGAUGAAAUAAGAAAAGAAUUAGAGUUUGCUUUUUAGAUGAAUGAAUCAUAAUAAUCACAAUCAAAAAUAGGGAGAAAAUUAAAUUAUGAUAUUUAAGAUUCUACAUCCUAUUUCUAAUCUCUUGUAAGAAUAAAUGAGAUCUUGAACAGUUAAGAAGAAGAUCUCUAAAAGUUUAAUAGAUUGAAGAGUCAACCUCCACAAAUUAUGAAAUAGGAGAUAUCUUAACUGCAUUGUUUACUAUUGCUGUAGGCAUUAUCUUUAGAGGAAAUGAUUGUGAAUAGUGAAUAGAACUAGAUAGAGGAUUUCUCAGACUAAGAGAUUAGGAGUUCAAAUGGCAAAGAACAAUAACCUUCCGAGUUUUAACCGAUUGAUGAGGAAAGUUCUCAAAAUGAUUAAGAUGAAGACGUUGAGGAGAGUUCUAUCCAUCAGCCAGAACCAUAUUAGGAGUAGGAGAAUUAAAGAAAGUGA